AUGUUGAUAGACCGUUGUCAGUCUGCGUGGGAAAAGAUCAACAAAUUGGAAGUUGUCAAAUUUAAGCUGCAACUAGAUCUUAAUGACAAAAAUGAAGCGCUCCAGAUUGAUAAAGACAUGCUUAGUUUAGACAAGGAAUGCGCAAAUAUCACAUACAAGACCGAUUCUCUGAAAAAUCCAAAGAGAAUGAUCACAUACGAACAAUGGUUAGAAAAAUGCGAAGCGACGAAAAAGAUGGCGAUUGAUGAACUGCAAGACACACUACGGCUCCGCGAGUCCUUGUUUGUGGCAAGGGGCCGCGCUCGUAAUGCUCUGCGUGCGCAAACUGACGUCACAAACUAUAUGCUGCGCCGGAGGAUCUACGAUACUCAAAGGGCUAGGAACGAACUACAGUGGCAGAAGAUGAAGGUAAACGCUCUUAAAGUAGCCGAGACACGUCUGGAGACGCGCGGAUACCGGCCGGGGAUCGAACUAGCCGCAGACGAAGCCGACAUCGGUCUGAAGGAAGAGGUCCGCAACUUGAGAGAAACUAUACGCCAACUGCAAGAUAAAUUAGACUGUGCAAAGGCCACGUACAACGCUUUGGAGUCUACUUCUAUCAAGAUUGGCAUAGAUUUGAACGAUAAAGAGCAAUCAUUAGAAACCGACACCCAAGCUUUAGAAAUGAGAUCUGCUUUGGAACCAAAGAGGCCGCAAGGAACCGAUAAAAACCUUGUUCUGGCUAGUAUAGUUGACGAACUGCCGAACGUUGAAAACUAA